AUAAAAAAUUCAUUAAAUUGUGUUUAUAUCAGUUUAUUAACACCAUUUUCUCAUCUGAAACAUGUUCAAGGUAAAAUGGGUAAUGUUCUUAAAACAUCUGAUAUAUCAACAUCAUUACCUCUCAUGUUUAUUCCAUUAUUUUCAUCAUUAUCUGAACAAUUUUUCAAUGAAAAACCAUCGAUUAAUGUCAAUGAUCUUUGCACAAUGAUUAAACAACAAAUUAUUGCAUCACCCGAAAUAAUUAUUAUCGAAGAUUUACAAAUUUUGCGUCAUCUAUUAAAAUAUUCUGAUGAAGAAAUAUUACUCAUGCAAAGAAAAUUACGAGAAAUAUUUCCUACAGCACAAUUUAUUACACAAAUAUCGAUAUCGGAUGAUGAAAAUGAUAAUGAUGAACAUUUUUCAUCAUUUCUAAUUAAUAUGCUUAAAAGAAUACAUACGAAACAUUUAUUUAUUCGUAGUUUAUCUACGGGUUCUACAAAAGAUAUUAAUGGACAAUUAAUUUAUACUGGUCCAUCUCAAUCUCGUCUAUGGACAAAUGCAGUGAUUCGUAAAUGUUUAUUUCGUCUAACAGAACGAACAUUAAAUUUGAUAACUAGUGCCGUUUAA